AUGAAUAACGAAGAAUUAUGCAAUCGUCCAAGUACAUCGUUGUUGAACGUCGGUCAAGUGCUACGACAGCAAUCCGAUACCACUCAUAUGAGUCGACGUUUGGUGAGAAGUUCGGCAAUAUGCGAGGAGGAUCGACCGGCCACAUCCUGCAAUAUGCAUGCUGAUGAAAAGGUGACUGUUAUGAUAUUCUGUAGAAAAGGAUGGAUGUGUGCAAAAUUCUUUAUGAGGCAGCUGUCGCGUGAUGAUUUCAAUUACUGGGGAAUCGUUGUUUCAUCAUACCAGACAGAUCCAGUGCAAAGGCAAGAAUUUCGUCUGGGUCCUUCCUGCACAAUUGACUUUCUACCUUGA